GUGGUAAGAGGACGCCGAGAGAGCCCCGGACCCACCGAGCAGCUCCAAGGCCAUGGCGGGACACCCGAAAGAGAGGGUGGUCACAGAUGAGGUCCAUCAGAACCAGAUCUUGCGGGAGCUGUACCUCAAAGAGUUACGAACCCAGAAACUCUACACUCAGUACCACGUGAAUCCCCUGCGCAAGGUUCACAGGAUAACGAGGAAGCCCAUGUCUUGGCAUGAUAACCUGGAGGAACCCGCAGACGCCAGGUUUCUGAAUCUCAUUCACCAUGCUGCCCAGGGGCCAAGGAAGAAGUACCCGGAGGCACAAACUGAAAACCAGGAAAUUGGGUGGGACUCAGAGCCCUUGGUCGACCCGGAACGCAGUGACCACAGAAUGAACCACUUUAGGGUCUACAAUGACAUCACUCUGUACAAAGCUAAAAUGUGGAGCUUGGGAGAAGAUGAUCGCCACGAGUAG